CAUGGGGAGCCUUUCUGUUCACAGCAGCAAGCUUCUUAUUGAUCAUGCCUUCCCGCUUCAAUCCGUAUUCGUUCGCAUUACCUUCUAUCCUAGGAUUUUGUUUGCUGUUGACCCUGAUUGCAGGUAUCUAUACCACACUUAUUGACCCAUGCGAUGAGGCUCUUUUACGUAUGGCGCCAUGUGAUAAGGAAAGUCAUGACGUACUCGAUCGAAGUGUUGAUCAACAGCAACAAGAGCAGCAGCAAGAGAGAGUGUACUGCUACAUUUGCCAAGCAAGCGUUGGCAGAGGAACGGCGCAUUGUAGACAGUGCAACAAGUGUAUAGCAGGCUUUGAUCAACAUUGUGCAUGGCUUAACACGUGUAUCGGGCAGCGAAACUAUCUUCCUUUUAUCUGCACGCUGUGGUGUGCCUUCUCGGUGACAAUCCUUCAGGCCAGCAUGAGCUUUGUUAUUCUUGUACAAUGGAUGGCUUACGGAUCAAAUGCCCGUAUAUUUUCAUCUAUCACGCUUCCCGUGAAAGUUUACAUUUUUUUAACUGUGAUUGUAGGAACCUCAUCUUCUAUCAUAAGCUUCUUGCUUGGGCAGAUGCUCCUAUUCCACCUGUUCUUAUCUAUUCACGAGAUGACGAGCUAUCAGUACGUAAUCCUUCAGAGCCAACGGGAGCGGAGCCACGAAGAGAGAGAAGCGGCAAAUCGCGAACUCGUGAAAAUGAUGAAAACAAAGCAUUCUACGGACGCGGUCGUAAGUGCAUCCUCGUCACUACCACCAUCAGAGUCUUCUUCACCUACAGAGCCUCCAUGUACAGCAUCGUCUCUGUCCUCGCGUUGGCGAUUCCCUAAAGAAAUUGUCCUGUCACGGCUACCACCGGCAUUACCCUCGCCACGAGGCCUCAGCUUCUUGUCCAAGAGGGACGUGGCCCCGUCCAGUCUGCCGGGAG